AUGUUAAGACUAUGGCAGGCCACGGAAGAGUUUUUUGGAAUGUUGAGAAAAAAUUCGGAAAAGUUGAAGAUAUUAGCCAAGGCGCAAGGGCAGAAAAAGGCGGCCGCCGGAUGUCGCAGUUCCUUCCACGGCGCUCGCCACGAACUGCUCACCUACCUGACUGCUUCGAACAAUGGAUUCCAAACAACUCAAAUACAAUUGAGUGCGACUUUUUUUUGCUCCGCCAUUUCGCUCAUGUUUUCUGGACUUUCUUUGAUUCAUCGCAUUGCCAAACGCCUCAAUUCACAGACUUUCGGCUUAUUCAGCAGGUCGUUAAUUACAUCUGCGCAGUUCCUUAUUGGGACCCUGAAACUAUAGUCUUAUAAGUGAUUUUCGAAGUUUGAAACCGCAAAAGAAUGAUGUGAACUUCAAAGUUCGAUUCGAGAAGAAUUCACGGAGGAAGAAAAAGCAAAGUCGUCCAAACUUCAAUUCUUGUCAUGUUUUUGAGCUAUUCUUUUUCUGACUCCUGCAAAGUUAACGCGUUUUUUUCGAUUCAAAAAUUUUUUCAGCUAUCUUCUGGGAAAAAAGUCACGCUUUUUCCAUUUGAGCAAUAUAUGAAAGUAAAAAAAUCUAUUAUAUACUGAAUGGAAAUUCAAUCUGCAAAACAUUCUUGACCCCUAAAGUUGAAUUAAAAAUUUGACUAAGUAGUUCAUUUUUUUCAGAGUAAGAAAAAAAUUUGUUUAGGCUAUCAUAAUUUCAACUGGUCUAAUCGGAGCUCAAACGAUUUUUUUCCAAUAAUUGAGCCUUUUUUCAGUAUUUUAACUUGGACAUUGGCUGUAAAUUCUCAUAGUUUGCUCCCCUUAUGAUCUUUUUUUUUUCAACUGGAGACAUUUCGACAAUAGUUUUUAACGACGACUCGGAGCGGAAGCUUGAAACGGCCGCACCAUUCAGGAGCCGAUUGACUUCCAGACAAAGGCCGCUCAAAGUCGGAAUUGACCAUUUCCCGCCUAUUCGCUCUUCAACUCAAACGUCCCACAAUCCUCACCUCGAGCCGACUUCGUUAUCUCAAAGAUUUCACUCGAUGCCCCCUCACGAGCAGAUCUUCUUUUAGUUCCUGCAAUCACGAAAACACUUAUAUCGCGCCAUUCUUCUUCUUUCUCUUUCUCUUCCUAUUUUGUCGCAUUUCAUGCUAACCAAUAAAUAAGGUCUGAUUCUAAUAAUUUUGUCUCAAGAAACAAUUAAUCUUACAAGAAUCCAAUUGGCAGUUUUGAAAGAUUUAUUUUGACCGAGCCACGCCCAAGACCACCAUUUGCCCUGCAGAAGAAACCCGCGAAGACGUCUUACUAUGCUCGUGGGAUGAUGCUGUUCUAUUCUAUAUUUCUGCUACUUUAUAGGUUUAUUUUUUUCAUAUUGUUAUGUUUGACUUUUUUUCAAAGAUUGAUUAUUGCCGUUAAUAUGAAAUUGUUCCUUAAAGAUGUCCUGAAGCGCAAAAAAAUCUGAAGUGCUUCAAAAUAAGGCUGAAUACGUUCCAAUUUUUCACUUAAACUAUGUUUCUUUUUGGAACAUAAUCCAGGAUUCCUAAACAGUUCAUGAACUUUCGAAAAGAAAUUAAAAAUUUUUUUGAACCCCACUGGCUAUGUUUUUCAUAAAUUUACAUGAAGUCAACGAUUUCAAAAGGAAAGAAUAAGUUGUUUUCUGGGAAUUGACAAGGAGGCUUGCCGUUUUUUUCAUCCAUGAAAAACUUAUUUUUUUAUUCUUUGUCUGCUUCUGUGUGUCUCAUAUUUGAGAUAUGUCGCAGUUUUUUUCUAUAAACCUAUAAACGGCGAUUUCAUUUGUUUUUUUGAAGAAAAAAAUAUCUAGCGUACAGUUUUCAUACUUUCAAGGUAUAAAUCAGUUGAUUCAGCGAUUCAGAUUCAUAAUAUUUGGAAACUUCAAUUUAAUUCAGAGAAGCAGAAGCGUCAAAAAAAUGAAAGGAGUGAGCCGGUUCCGCUGUAUUUGGACGAGUUACUGAACGCCGGCCGAACAGUCUAUGAUAACCAAUCUCCUCCAGUUCAAGCCAGAGGUUCUUGCCUUUUCCAUGUUCAAAGUUUCUCAUUGAAAAUUAAUUCAACAGCCUUUCUGGUUGGCUGGAAUCGGAGCGGAUGAACUCAAAAGACGCAUUUUUAAUUAACGAGUUGCAAGUGCGCGUGAUGAACCGCUAUUUGAGCAAACAUAGACAUUCGAAUCUGAAACUCUAUUAAGCCUCAAGUCCAAAAUUUGCAUUUCGAUUGCUUUGAAAGCAAUUUGAAGAACGAUAUUUCAUGAAGCCGGUUGCCAUUUCACGUGCAGCUUAUUUGCCAAUUCAAGCCCCGUUCAGUUUUCCAAUUCGCAAUUCGCCAUCUUUGGCUUCUAAAUUUUUUUUGAAUUGGAAAAGAGAAAUCCAGAAUGAGUUAGUUGAAACGUCUCUUUAUUGCUUCUGGCAACGGAGACAGCUUGAUUUGAAUAAAAAAGGUGGUGUGUCGCACCUUUCAGACUCAUGUCGAGAAAUUGCUUACGAAGUAUCGCAAAUGGAGCUUGCUUCCCGUUCCGUUGAGCGAUUUCUGACGCUUUUUUUCUACAUUUUGAUUGCUUUCUGACAAUAGAAAGAAAUUCUCUUGAAUUGCCAUCGUAGUAUUGGAAGGUUGAUUCUUGAUGCCAGCAAAAAUUUUGAUUGAACUUAUUUUUAGUCUUCGAGCCUUUUCUAUCGGGUUAAGCUCGAAGAUUUAAAUUCAAAGUCCUCGCUUGAACCGACAAAACAAAACAGUGGGAAACUAAAAACUAAGAGUCCAAGUCAGAAGACGUCCGAUUGUUCUAUUUUGAGAGAACUGAAAAAAUAGCCCGCGUUGCACCAACUGAAUUUGCAUUCGGAUAUUGAGUGAAAGAAACGUUACAAUCAAAUUUUGUUUCUCUGUUCAGUUGGCUUCGCUCGUAAAAUGCAUUAUAAAAACAUGAAGCUAAUGAUACUAUACUUUUGCACUGAGCCUGGUGUCAGCUAUAAAAAAAAGUUAUUUUGAUACGGGCUGUAAUUACUAUUUUAUUAUCUACGUUUUUACGACGCGCUUUUUCAUUAGCCACGGCAUCUUUUUCUGGACUCCUCAAAAAAGCACGGAAUUCAAAAUUUUCAUUGAAUUUUCUACGGCAGUCUUUGAUGAAAUAGUAUUCUUGUGUGAAAUUCACGAGACGAGGGGCACAAAUGUCAUGAAAAAUACUCCAAUAACACUGAUUAAUUAAUGAAGAGAGAUGGGCAUGUUAUUGAAAAAAGAGUAUCAUUUGAAUAAAACCACAAGAGCAACCUAUUUUAAUGGCUCUACCUUACUUAAAACGGGAAAAAACUGAGAUCAUACACUAAAAUUUAUUUGCUGCAGAACUAAGAAAUUUACCCGAUCACAAAGCAUAGAAUUUCAAAAUAUUAGGGCCAAAAAUUUUGACAUCGUCGUGAACAAAUUAUAGUUCAACUAUAUUUUUCAGAUGAAGUCACAAUCGUUGAGUUGGCAAUGUACAUAGAAGGAAUGUCAUCUUUUCGAACUCAGACAAUGGUAAAAAAAAGUUCUAAAGUCCUUAAAAUUGCCUGUUCUUAGGACUUCCAACUAGAUGUUUAUUUUCAACAAUUUUGGAAGGAUCCUCGACUUUCUCACAAUGAAUCGAGGUAAUAUUUUGUAAAUAUACAGAAGUUUCUUCCUUUUCAUUUUUUUUUUCUAAGCUUGCGGUGUCGAAGAGUUGGAAAAAAGAUAAUCAAAAAGUUCAGACGGGUACUGGUUAAAGACAAAAAUGUCCUGCACAAAAUGUGGCACCCAGACGUUUACUUUGCAAACGCCAGGAUCGCUGAAUUUCACGAGGUUUUCAUUUUAGCAUAGCUUCAAAGGAAGUUUGAAGAAUUCGGAGAAAAUGAAACGAACAGAGAAGAAUUUCCAAUAAAAGUGCUUGCCACAUUGACAGGAUAAUCAUAAGAACAUUGCGCUCCACUGAUAAAUCCAGGAAAAGUCAGGGCUUCUCGGACCUUGGGAACGCAAACCGGACGUGUCGCGGCGUUUCUAGUGACCAUUUCAGUAUUGUCAGAUCCUUUAAGUAAUCCUAAGUUUGCUUAGAAACGUCCGGUUUUUGUAACCGAGCUCGCACAGUUCCUGUUUCGCUGAUUGUUUUACUCCAAACUGGAAAUUUCCCGUAACUCUGAUGAAAAAUUGAAUCAGGAUAACGUCAGAGGCUCUCAAUAAAAUUUUUUUUGCUUAUUUAUUUCUUGAAAACUUCAAACUCUCAGCUUUUUCAUGAACUCAUUAAUCCAACAACAAUAUUCAAAUUUAGGUCACUCAACCUAAUUUUCUUGUAUGGAUCCAACCAGACGGUUCAAUUCUCUACGACACCCGCAUUUCAAUGGUCGUCGUUUGCACUCUGAACUUGGAGAAGUGGCCACUCGAUUCGCAGCGAUGUCAUCUCCGGAUUUUGAGCUGUAAGCCUGCGUCACGUCUAUCUGCGACCUCAUCUUGUGCUUUUCUUUUGAGCUCAGAGACCACUUUUUUGAAAAGUGUUGAAAUCGGAAAAAGACGAGAAAAGUUGAUUAUAAAUGAAUGCUGUGUCAACAUCUGAAAUGGGAAUCUGUACUUUCACUGGGAUGUUACAAACUUGAAGAACCAAUACAAUCUUUGAUGACUUUUUUUUCGCAAUUGGAAGAAUGGAAUGCCUAAAGUAAACCUCGGAAUAAAAAUCAUCAGAAAUAAUUUUUUUUUUUUCAACGAAAUAUUCAAUCAAUAUUCCUUAAAAUCAUCAAAACGAUGCGCAUACUAUGACAGAUGACACCUUUUUUCUUGAAUUCAAUAUUUCAGACGCUUAUACCACGGAGCAGUUGAUUAUCCAGUGGAAAGCAGACGAACCGAUCACUCGAAAUCCAAAUAUCGCCAUGUCUGACAUGCAUAUCGUAGCCCUUUUCCCUGGACUUUGUGAUGGCAAUUAUUCUACUGGUUUGAAGGUUCUUAGAACUGCUCAGUUUUCAAUUGCUUGUAGGUACGUGGAGUUGCGUCACGGCUGAAUUUUUCGUCAAGCGAGAGAUCACACAUCAUGUGAUGCAGUCCUACGUCCCAACCACUCUGAUUGUUGUUAUUUCGUGGUAAGGGGAUAAAAUUAGGACGGAAGUUGCAGGGAUAUCAAUUUUCAUCAUCUCACUACAAAAAUUGUACUUUACAGGUUCAGCUUCUGGUUGGACGUCGAGGCCGUUCCGGCACGGGUUUCGUUAGCCAUCACAACUCUGCUGACACUUUCAACUCAAGCGAAUGCUGCUCGAAUGGCUUUGCCGGAAGUCAGCUACAUGAAGGCGAUCGACGUGUGGAUGGGUGCUUGCAUGAUGUAUUAUGAACUUCAAUCUGGAAAAAAACUCAAGCGGAAAAAUUCAGGUUCGUCUUCGGCGUGAUGAUUGAGUUCACCAUUGUCAACUACGCACAACGACAAGGUUUGCUUUCAAAACCAAACAGAAAAAAAAGUUGUGGGUCGUUACGAAUGUAUUCGUCCUAAUGCACACCUAAACAUAUACUUUGAUAUAAAUUUGGUGUUUUCCAUCUAUCUUUCAUAAUAUUUGAUUUUAUCACUUGGUUGCAGUGAAUCUUUGUAUAUAACGGGGCACAGCUGUAAAUGAAUCACUGGAAGAAAGCCCAUCAAAAUCUUAGCAUGAGAUACCGCUUUUUUUGUUAUAUUAAUUAUGGAGAUAUCGAGCUUAUCGGCUCUAAAUUACUAAGCAAGAAUCGGAAAUAUACAACUCAGAUCAUAAAUUCUAUUGCGGUUUCAAUGUCAAAAAAAGCUUCUGUCAAACUUUGAAAAUAUGUUUUUGUCAAAAUGAAAUUCUUACCUUUUUCUUAUGGAAUCGAAAUUCAUUACGGAUUUUUGUAGUCAUAAUUAAAUGAGAUUUUCAAUUAUUUGAAAAAAAAAACAACUCAGCUAGUAAUGAUCCUGAGAAGCUAUUAACGGUAUUUCACAGCUCAUAUAAUAAUUUAGAAGGCUUUUAAGAUAUAGCCCGUCAAGAAUUUUUCGAUCAAUUUUUGAGAGUUCUGUUUCAAAUGACCCUCGAAUCAGCCAAAUCACUUCUCAAUCCAAUCUCACAAUGUCAUCUACUAACUGUCUUUGCUUAGAACAAAAAUAACCCUCACUGACUGCAACAAACAAAAUGUACAGUAGAGAUUAGAUGGCCGUUGAAUAGUUGUUCACUCGGUUUCGCUACAAAAACACGGUACUAAUCGGAAAAAAUAUCACUGAUAUGGAUGGUAUAGGGCGCAAAUGGCAUCGGACUGACGCCGAACUGGGUAGGUCUUUCAGUAGUUCUGUCGUUUCGAAUAAGUCUGCCUCAGAGUCUCACCUUCGUUUUUUGCAUGAUGAAACCCUAUCAUCUUUCUUUGUACGCAUGUUCUAAGUUUUGUUUCUAACAAUCUGUUCGACGUCAUUGUCCUUUAACAAAAUGUUUUUGUGUUAAUGUACGUCUUUGCAGUUCCUUUUGUCAUUGUGUAUAGUCUUUUUGCCUAUGAAUAAAAAGCCAGAACCGCGAGACAAGUUUUCGGAGCUUCUGCCGCAAAUUUCAGCUUGAUAAAUUAUGCUUCAAAGUGCUUCUGUGCUGCGAGGAAAAAAAUGUCCUCUAAAACACGGAAGCAUAUCUUUGUGCGUUUUUCGACUUGAGUCUGGUGCACUUCACAAUGGGGAAAGCUACCGAAAAGUUGCUGCGACCACGGUAUUUUAAUUCAGGCAAACUGACUCCUGUGUUUCUACACCUAUUCCUAUGUAAAAAGUAAGAAUCAAACACGAUAACAAUAUUCAAAAAGAGAACGUAGCGUCUUUUAUCAAAAAGGUUUCUAGAAAAAAUCCUUUUGUACUUCUUCUCUCAAACGAGGGUUUCUGUAGUUCUUUCAAAGUGGUUUUGCUAAAAAUAUCUCGGCUUUCCUAUUAUUCAGAUGUUUUUCAGUUAUGGCUUCGUCGUUGGAGACAGUGAGCGAUCAGAAAGUUUCCCGUUCCGAGCAGCUCACCAACCAGGCACGUCAUUUACUCUACCGAAUACGGUCAAACAAUGAUCGGCAGAAUUUGGUCGAGGUGCGGAUCUUUUGAGAAUCGUGGGGUUUGCCUUCACAAACUCUCUUGCAUUCUGAGCACCUAUUCUCACCUUUUAUAGUAGAAAUGCGUUUUUGCAUCGAAAGAUUGCUGGUCCAUGUGCCGUGGCCUUCUUCUUACCCGAACAAUGAUGUAUACUAGAACUCUAUAGAUACUUCUACAAUUUUAUAGUGAUGUUAACCGGCUCAGAUCUAUUUUAAAUUUUAAACUGACUAAAGUUCUAUUUUUUUGAAGGUUCUUUGAUUCUGUUUAGCUGAACACCUUGGCUCACAAAAAUAGUUUUUGGUGACCUUUUUAAAGUUCGCUGGGAUUUUCUAGGAUUUUACUCAAGGUUUCUUCAUUCCGAAGAGUAAUCAGUACAGUAGAAAAUUUUUCAAACUAAUGAAAUAGCGAAAAAUUUUUUUGUCACUUUGAAGCUUCAUCUUGACCAAAAAAAACUGAAAUAGUUUUUCUGACAUAACUCCAUUGAAAUUUGACUAACUCGUAUGCUCAUCAAAACUUCUUCCUCGCCCGUGUGGGGUGCAAUUCAAAAAAAAACUAUAUCUUGGAUAUUUGAGUCAGUAAUUGAGUACUUCCAAUUUUUCCUAUCAAAAGUUAGGCACGUUUGAUUGAGUGACUAGAGAACACGAGAUAAAGGUUUGUUCGAGUUUGUAGGUUGCCAAAGAGCACAUAGCGAUGAAUGAUACAGCAUUUGACACGAUAAGUCAAGCGUACAGUAACAGCUUCUCUGACGAAGAGGUACGGAUUCUGUCGCAUCCCGAUUUCCUGCACGUGUUUUUUUCUAUUUUCAUUGUGUUCCAUUAUUUUCGAAGUUUCCAUUACGCUUCAUAGUUGCAUUUCGUUAUUUUAUCAAGUCAUUUUUUCUCAGAUUUGGGAAGUGUGUAGUAGAGAACUUAUACGCUUGCAAUCCGGAAAACAGGGAUUUUGAAGAAACAGCGACCCUUUUUCCUUUUCGGAGCGUUCUCGUGAGAGAUUUUUGUUAAUUCGUAUUAAAAUUUUUUUAGUAUACUUUAUUCCGUUUUUCAUGGACUCCAAUACAAAAAAAUCCCAAUCAUACGUAUUUUAUAUUUUGUUCACAUUGAGGCUGCUGAAUAAAACAAGCUUUUCAAGAUAGAUUUUUUCACGCUGUUUUCACUUUCAUAAAGGGACCGCCAGCUCGAUUAGACUCACAAAACUUUUUCAAUUAGAAUGAUCCUUUUUUUGAACAUUGAAGGACAUAAAUUGUUUUUUUCUCCCCAUAUUUUUUUGAUUCAUAGAUCUGGAACCAGCGGAAAAACUCCACAAGACGAACCAAGUUAUUAUUCAAAAGUCUCUAUGAGUUCAGUCUACCCCUAGUAAGUACAUCGCAUGAUUUAUUUCAAACUGUAAUAUGAUUAAUAUAUUCAAAAAACAACUGUUUAAACUUCGUUUCGAAACUUUGACAGCAUUGCCCAUGGGAAUGAAGCAUGCCGGUUUGCGCUAACCGUCCCGAGAUUCUGGAAAAACAACUAUUCAGAUGAACGUUCAGGCAGUACCCGACGAACAAGGGACUGGUCCUGCGGCAGACGUUUGGCGGGACAGAGAAAAUGAAACGGCUGAAAGGCUUGCAAAUUGGGCACAACGAGAGUGUAGCGUCAGAUCCCCUUUAGUGCCUAACGGAAAGCCUGCUGGUAGGUUUUUGUGAAUUAAACGAAGAAUAGAAGUUUCACUAUAUUAUUAAAUAAUUCUCAACUUCAAUCCAAUUAAUCUCAGGCUCAGAAAUUGUUCGAUAACAUUAUUAUGAAAAUAAAACCGAUUUCACCCCUUCAAUGCUAGUUUGAUCAUCAUCAUCAUCAUUUAUUCCAUACGAAUAACAAUACAGUUCAAGGGGCCUAAAAGGCCUUUAACAGAACCAAUUUUCAAAAAGAUAAAUUGAAAAAUUGAAAACAGCAACAAACCGUUUAAAAAAAUUAGAAGAUAUUUUUAAAAAAGUCAACGAGAAGAUGGGGUUGUUUUUCUAAAUAGAUUUUGAAAUAGAGGCGAAAAAAAUUAAAAAAUAUCUUCCAAUCUAUUUUUACUUUUUUUCACUACAUCCUUAAUCGAGUAUUGUCUCAACCAAACGAGUAAUUUAUCAAAAAGCUACAUUGCUCUUUAAUUUUUAUCUUUCAAACAGAAAACCCCCUUUUUCACUCUAAGCGCUGAACUUUUUGAUCGAUAUCUGCGGUCGUCUGCAUUUCGUUGAAACAUGGGCUGUUUCAAAAGAUACGCUGAAACCGGAAACUUGAGAAGUGUUACACUUUUGUCCUACUUUUCUCUAGUAAAAAAUAUUUUGAUGUUGAUGUCUUCCAUCAAAUAAUCGGUCAAGGUUGUCUUCUUCAGGUGUGACUUACGGUGCCGCUGAGGAUCGGACGGACAAAAAAGAACACGGCAAAAAAGAUCGAUGGAACACGGCAAUUAAGCAAAUACAAAAGCACAAGUAAGUAAAAUGAUGGAAGGAGUUAUAAAGGCCAUGAGAAAUUAUAUUAGAGUAGCUAGGUCUCUCAGAACUUGGAAAAUUUUUUCCAGAAGUUCUUUGAUUUCGAUGAAAAAAGAUUUUGUCGAAAGUUUAUUGAACCUCCCACAGCCCAUCACCCCUUUCCCGUGAAUUUAGAAAUGUUCAGUAUAAGGACAAAAUUUCGGUGAAAAUCAGAAAACUUCCGGGUUCAACUCAGAGACUUUCCAGAAAAAUCUCAAAGUUCCAGCAAUAUUUAAAUAACCCGUUUCAGGCAUAGAAGUAGUUCUAUUUUUCGGUAAAUCUUACAUCCUUUUCCCAUUUGCUUCAUUUUUUUUUUGAUUGACUUUGCCUCCCCUUUUUUUCUUUUUUCUUUUUUCAUCUGCUGCUUUUUGCAAGUUUUGAUCAUCCUCCAAGAACGCAUGAAGCUGUUUUCAUUCAAUCAAAUUGCACAAAAAAGUUCAUUUUUUCGAGUGCUUCCGCAUGUCAUGGGCUUUUCAGGUUUAUCAGGAAAUUUUCAGAAAAAUCGCCGGAAGAAAUCGAGCAAAGAAGAUCGAUCAAACGAGCCGAUGGAUUUUUCCUCUUUCUUUUGUCAUUUUCAACUUUUCUUACUGGUCAUACUAUCUCUAUUUCAAAGAAUAG